AUGAUUUCCUGGCAGAAUGCUACUAAUAAUUAAAGAGAGUGAGUCCCCCUAGUCAGAAGGAUUGGAUGGACCUCAGCAAGAUGGUUUAUUAAUUCUUGGGUCUUCUUCUCAGAGGUCUAUUUGGUCUUCCCCAAAACAGGUAUUUAACCUACUCUCCUGGACUGGAUGCAAUGAAGAGGUGAGGGGGCAACCUCUAAGAGAUGUGCUGAGAAAGAGGAACUUUCAUUUUUCAUCGGCUCCAGGUGGGCAAACAAAGGGGCCAGGGAGAUGGCGUGGAACUUUCUUCUGAUAUGGGGAAUAUUCACUUCAAUCAUGGUAGCAGAUUAUGCAAGAGAAGAAUGCCCACAUCCACCUCAAAUUGACUUUGCCUCCUUUGAAACGCAAAUUUAUAUGAAGGGCACAAUCCUAGACUGUUCCUGUAAACCUGGUUAUGAUAGGAAGGAAGGCACUCCCUUACUUAUUGUGUGUGAAGACACACAAGGGCAUCUUUCCUGGAAUGAUAAGUGUCAGUGUAAGGGUAAAUCCCCUCAGAGCCAGGAAGAACAAAGUGUUUCAAGUGCUCCUAUUAACCCUGGAGAACAGACAGACAGAACUCAAACAAUUACAGACGUCAGGCUUCAAACUUAUAACCUCACGGGUCACUGCCUGGAACCUGUACUUUGGAGCCAUGCUAGCGAAACAAAGAGUUAUCAGUUUGUUGUGGGACAGACCCUUCAAUACCAGUGUCUCAAAACAUCUAAAUAUAAGGGUACUGCUGAGAGUACCUGCAUAAAGAGCAAUGGAAAACUAACAUGGACUAAACCACAUCUGAAAUGCUCCAAUGUCACUUCCACUGAAACAUCUGUACCAUCUUCGUUUACUAUAGAACAUAAAAUAGCAGCUUCCACUGAAACAUCUGCACCAUCUUCAUGUACUACAGAAUAUAAAAUAGCAGCUUCCACUGAAACACCUGUAUCGUCUUCAUUUGCUACAGAACAUAAGAUUGCAGCAGUUGCUGCUUGUAUUUUCCUGAUGAGUUUUGUAAUCUUCCUGGUCUGGAUCACCUGGAGGAAAAGAUGGAGAAGAAGACGGCAAACUGCCAAAGAAAAGACCAAAAAAAGAGAAGUAAGAAGUCAACAAUAUUGUGGCAAGAAUCACAUGCCUGACCAUCCUGUAGGACUCUUGUCUGCUUAGUGUGCUAGAAGCCAUUCUUGUUUUUCCCUGACAUCCCAAGAAGCAACCACAUAAGCUAAAUGUUCACCUAUCAAGCCAAUAUUAAUGGCAGCAAAUCUUUCAGAAAUGUCAGUUACUGACAUAUUUGAUCCCCUGACUUAGAAGACACAGCUCUAUAGUUAUAUCAAAAACAAUCAGGACUGUUUUACAGAAUAAAUUUUGUGCUCCAUCAGCUUCUAAACACAGUCCAUCUUGAUCCAUCUGUUGUAAAAAGCUGGUGAGCUCUCUAUUAGCAUGGCCUAGUAGAGAUAUAGGAAAAAAUAGAGCCCUUCGCUAGCCUAAAAUAAUAACUUUCCUUUGGGUGUCAAAUCUGAUUCCAUUCAUUCAACAAAAUGUUUAUUAACCAAUGGCUAUGUACUGUGCUAAGGCUUGAUGAGAUACAAAGGUAAAUAAGAUUUUAUAAAGAUAAAAUAAAAUUUUGAUUUGGUUGUGGGGUGAGAGAGAAAGGACAUGAACACACACACCCCUCUAAAGCUUACUGAUAUUUUUCCAAUUUUAAUGCAUGUCCUUUUCAUUCUCAAGGGGGUGGAAUAAUGACUAAUAUGUUUGACCUGACUUCCCAGGCUUAAGAACAAAUGAGAGGAGAAUACCCAUUUUUAAACCCGGAUCAACUGUUUAACUCCUAAUUCCUCAUCUCUAGCCUUGAAACUUUUAGCACAAAUAAACCAUAUGAUCUUCCUUCUCA